CCAAUGUUCAAACUAAUCAAUCAGUUACCGUAGACAAUUCCACCUACCUUACCUUUUCAGAUCAACCAACCGAAGAAUAAUCACCCUAUAGAUCAGUAGCAUCUCCAAUUCCAAUAUAUAUCUUUAUAUCGCUUAAUUUGUUCUACAAGAAUCCACCAUGGAAGUAAAAGGAGCAGCACAUGUACAGUGGAGCUCUAUUAUAGUUCCUUCUGUUCAAGAGAUGGUUAAGGAGAAGAUUAUCACGACCGUUCCUUCCAGGUAUGUCCGGUCUGAUCAAGACAAAACUGACGUAGUCGAUGACUCGGGUCGUCUCAGUACCGAGAUCCCAAUCAUCGACAUGAAGCGGCUAUGUUCAUCGACCGCCAUGGAUUCUGAAGUUGAGAAACUCGACUUCGCUUGCAAAGAGUGGGGAUUUUUCCAACUUGUAAACCAUGGAAUAGACCCAGAUUUCUUGGACAAAACAAAGUCGGAGAUUCAUGAUUUUUUCAACCUUCCCAUGGAAGAAAAGAAGAAGUUCUGGCAGCAACCAAAUGAGAUUGAAGGCUUCGGACAAGCUUUUGUGGUUUCAGAAGAACAGAAACUAGAUUGGGCAGACUUGUUCUUCCAUACAGUGAAACCUGUUGAAAUACGGAGGCCUCACUUGGUCCCCAAGCUACCUCUUCCCUUUAGAGAUACAUUGGAGACAUAUUCUACUGAAGUGCAGAGCAUAGCAAAGAUCUUAAUAGCCAAAAUGGCAAAAGCCCUAGAGAUCAGACCAGAGGAAAUGGAAAAGUUGUUUGAUGAUGUUGAUUCAGCUCAAAGUAUGAGGAUGAAUUACUACCCACCAUGUCCACAACCCGAUCAGGUUAUCGGUGUAACUCCACAUUCUGAUUCGGUUGGACUCACCAUACUGAUGCAGGUGAAUGAAGUUGAAGGUCUCCAAAUCAAGAAAGAUGGGAAAUGGGUUCCUGUUAAACCUCUCCCAAAUUCUUUCAUUGUCAAUAUUGGAGACGUUUUAGAGAUCAUAACGAAUGGGACAUAUCGAAGCAUUGAGCAUCGGGGAGUAGUGAAUGCAGAGAAAGAGAGGCUCUCUAUUGCAACCUUUCACAACCCGGGAAUGUAUAAAGAAGUUGGUCCAGCGAAAAGCCUCGUUGAAAGGCAAAAGGUUGCAAAAUUCAGAAGGCUGACAAUGAAAGAGUACAUGGAUGGCUUGUUCUCUCGUACGCUCGAUGGAAAAGCUUAUCUCGAUGCUUUGAGAAUCUAAAAUGGAAGCAAUGCCAUGUGGCCCAAUAAACUUUUUCAUAGAUCUAUUAUGUUUUCUUAUUUUCUACAAUAGGCAAUCUCUCUAAUCUUUACCUCAUCUCAUAUUGCUUCACAUCAUAUAAAGACAAAAAUUCUCCAGUUGAGAAUGUUAUUACGUACAUAUUGCUACAAUAAGACAACAAGCUUGCUCUGAUAUA